AUGGAAGAAACCGAAGAAACCCACAUGAAGAUCUUUCGAAAGAUCGUCUCUUUCGUUGCUUAUAACGUUGUUUCGUUGGAUAAUGAUGGUUGGGAUGAGCUUAGUGAUUGUAUCCUCUCUUUUGUGGAAACUGAACCUUUAAAAGCUUUUCAUUUGUUCAUCGAAUUGCCUCGAGUUUAUAAGAGAUUCAUUGAUAGGUUUAAGCAGAGAAUCCUUGUGGAAGGUGAGAAAUUGUUGUUGCUUAGUCAUGAGGAAGAUGUUGAAGUUUGGAGUUUGUGUUUAGUGACUCUUCUGAAAAUGGGUGUACAGAUAUUGGAUUCAGUAACGAGAUCGAGUUUGGUUAACAUUACUGUGUCGGUUCUUGCGAAGUCAGUGAAAGAGUUAGUGAAUAAAGGAAUGGUAGAGUUUGUGGUAAAAGGGCUUGAGAAUCUUGAGAGGUUCUUCUUAAGAGAUAGGGAUUUGUAUGGUUACAGUAAGAAUCAAUGCCUUUAUGUGUCAGCUUUCAUGCACCAGAUCAGAGAACUCGGAUCAAAGAUCAAGGAGGUUUCGACGAGGAUCAAUUGGUUUAUCCGUGCUAACAUCAAUGAAGAUCUUGAUCGUGUUUAUUUCGAACAUGUGAACACCUUAUCGUUGGUUCAAAUCGUGGGAAUUGUUGCCUCGGUUGAUCAGGAAGAGAGGUUGAAAGAUAUGGCAAUCAGACGGCUAAACUUCUUACUUUCUGAUGAUAAUCCGAAGAAAGCGGAAACCGAUGUUCCUUUGAUGAGAAAACUCCAGACAUUGCUCGUUUCUUGGCUUACGAAAGAAGGAAUCUCUGGGAGUAUGUUCAAAAUCAUUGGUGAGGUUGUGUACCAUGUUGCGGAUGAGAUGAUGUCCUCCGGAAGAGAGCCAUGGUUGGGUCUACGCGAUUACAUUGAGUUAAAAGAAUCUAAAGCGGUGUCAGCAAUGUUUAAACGCAAUUUCGAAGAAGCUCAAUCCAAGUUACUAGAAGUUGAAGCCAAGUCAAAAGCCAAGUUAAAAGAUUAG